ACACAUUAAUGGCCAGCCCUCCUCCUCGAAACAUGCCAGUUGGACCAAAAUCAAAUAAUGAUAAACCAACCACCAAUCCUCCUCCACCAACACGAAGCAAGGUACUCAUAUCAAAAUCAAACAACGACACACCCCUUAUCAACCCUCCUCCACCAACCCAAAAUAAGGCGUUCAAACCAAAUUCAAACAAGGCUACCACACCACAUGUCAACCCUUCUCCUAUGUCGUCGUUGUCACCACCAAUGCCGACAACGUCUCAAUUUUAUUUCAAUACACAAAUUUCUCCUUUAAAUCUGAACUUUGCUGAACAAAAAAAUUUCGGAUGGACUAAUAACUACCCUAGCUUUCAUCAUAACUAUCUUGGCAUGAAUCCGAUGCCACAAUGUGGUUCAUCUUCCAACCGUCCUGAGUACGUAACCAUGCCACUUCUCCACUUGGGCUCAUAUCAAAGCCUCCCAGAGACUGACCAAACCCACAACCACUCAAUUUUUCAAUUUGGGUCGGGGAAGAAACAAACUGAAAAUACAAGUAGCUCUCUUUUACAGUCAGGUUCAGGGUCAAACCUUGACCUAAGCAAGACUAAUUCAAUUUUGCAACCAGGUUCUUCUUCAAUUCCAGUGGAUAAAAACGUUAGCCUCGAACUAAGCCUAGGGCUGGGUAAGAGUCACAGUUCCUCCUCCAACCGGCCCUUUGAUUCAAACCGGGCUCAAAAAAUUGAUUUUAUUGACUUCCAAUUUAAAAGUUUAGCUUUAAACCCGGUCAGACCAGUGACCAAUGCCGACAAAAUCCUAAAUCAGCUGGUUGGCGGUUUAGCUUUGAACCCGGUCAAACCGGUAAUUGAGUCUGAAAAAACCGCAAAUCAGCUGGAUCAGAUUCGAAAGGGUAAAUCGAUAUUUACCUUUCAAUCGCCCGCGAAGGCUAAGGGUUCCGGCGAGAACAACGACGCCGGAAAACGUGACGGCGGCGAGAUCUAUGGAGGAGAUAGCGCAGAACGUGACGACGGAGAGGUUGAUCUUGGCGGAGUACCUGUCGUCGGAGAGGUCGAUGUUGGAGGCGGUGGAGAACGUGACGACGAUGAGGUCGAUGGUGGACAAGGAGGAGAACCUGACGGAGGAAAGAUCAAUGGAGGAGGAGAACGUGAAGACGGAGAGGUCGACGGCGACGAUGACAAAGACGAAGAACAGGAAAAGGAAGUGGAAGUGGAGACAGAACGUUCAGAUGAAGAAUCGAACAAUGAGUCGAAGAAAUUAUGGAAUCUGAGGCCGAGGAAGCCAACCAAGAAGGAAGAGAAGAAGAGCGGCGGUGGAGGAAGUUCGAGGAAGCCGACGACUCGAUCUCAGCGUAAGGCGGAGAUGCCGCAAAGGAUGGAGCUGAAGCUGACUCUUACAAAUGAAGAGAUCGAACAUGAUUUCUUACUCAUGACUGGUCAGAAGCCGCCAAAGAAACCGAUUAAGAGAUCAACAAAGGUUCAGAAAUCUGUUGAGGUUCUUUUUCCAGGCUCGAAUUUGACUACCGUAUCACCUAAAAGAUAUGCGGUUAAGGAUGACCCACCUUUGAAGAAUUAGGACUUCCAGUUGCUCGCACCGGGGUUGCAGUGUUUCUUGAAACUGUGAUGUCUUCUGAUCGUGGAACUAGUUUUGUCUUGUCAACAUAUGCUGAAGGUAUUGUCUACCGCAUAUCAACAGACCAUAUGAAGAUGAGAGAAUAAAAUGUAUUUUGUUUCUGUGCCUAGCUUUUGUGAACCGAGGCACCUAAUAAAUCGUUGAACUGUUGCAGUAUUCCUGUUGUUUUAGUUUAAGUAGUCGGAGAACUACAUGGUUUAUGUUUUUCAGUUGGUUUAUGUUUGUUUUUCAGUUGGUUUACCAAACUGAAUAAUGUUGGUUUAUCUACAUUUCUUUUGUCUUUAUAAUAUAUUUUCUAAGUUGGUUUCGCAAAUAAUUGUGGAAAUAUUGGUUUUAUAUACAGUCUUUUUCUUCAUAAUUAUUUUUUGCAUUGUUGAUUUUAAUUGGAACCAUAUAUAGCUCAUUGUUUUUGUUACCGGUUAAAUCAUGAUGUCAAAAAAUAUAUUUGAAAAACUGAGAAGGAGAGAAGAAUAGGAGGGAGUAAUUAGGCCUAAUAUGUAAAUCAAUUGUAGGGUGAUAAAUGUUUUGGUUUAUUGAAGCUGAUUUUCUCUUUGGAUAUGUGAAAUCUGUCACUUGAAACUAAAUACAACAUUUGCCCGAUUAUGUUCGUUAGAUAUCUGGGUGUAAGGUUUAAAUGCUGUCACUUUUUAGGUCUACGUGAAACUUAAGUGAUUUACGUAGCCUAUUUGGAAUCUGGAUUUUGAAUUCAAUUACAGAAUCUGUCUAAGCCCAUGCUUUAAUUAUUUUGGCUGUUAGGUUAAAUGUCAAUUCUAUGUUUAUGUUUAUGUCUUUAUAAAACCUAAGUAAUUUAGAUAGCAUAUGGUAAAGAGGGUAGACUAUGGAGCAUUGUAUAUGUGCUUUUGUUCUAUAUUUUGUGCUUUAAGAAAUAGAACAAAACCAGAUAUAGGGCUCAAACAAGGGAUACAUUUUGGUUUCCACUAGCAGCUUAGAACUAAAGAGAACAUAACAGAAACAAUUCUCUUUUGUUCUGUUUAUGUCCGUGUUGUCAAAUAUCAGCCAUGGCUGCUCCGUAGCAGAUAUCGGUGGUGGGUUUUUGGCUUUCUGCCAUGGCCAGUUUUGUGGGCGUCACAUCAUGUUGGCAUUGGUGUGGCGGGCUUUUGGCUAUCUACCAUGGUCCGCCAUUGACAACAAUGAUGUGCGUGCUAAUUACUAACUUGGAUUUUGUGAUAUUUCUCUUUAUCUUUCUACUAGAACAAGCUACCGACUAAUGCUUUUGAAAGAGUUCUUUCAAACUUUAAACUUGACUAAUAUAUAUCCAUUAUGGUUCUAAUCAUUCGAUUGGCUCUGCCGUGGUGGGAGCUUUAUUGGAGUGAAUAGUAUUAUGAUAAUCACACACACGCGCGCACACACACAUGUGAAUGUAUCUAGUGAGAGGAUCAUCUGUAUAUAAGAAUGAGUGGAGUAUACAUUUACCCUACAAAUAUACAUGGGUGGUCAAGAUUAAAAGUUUAUAAUGGUGAUGGGACCAGUUAAAAAGUCACAUGACCAUUGUUUUACUUUUUACCAUUCAUCAUUAGAUUCAAAGUUCAAGUUUAUAAUGGUGAAGGGCAUUUGAUUUAAAUGGGAAUAAGUUCAGUUAAAGCAUGAGGCUUCUCCUUGAUGAUGAAAGGUGGCAUUGUGCAAUGAACACAACAACAUAUUUGACUAAAGAUAUAUUGUUUUAUUUUAAAAAUUUGGUUAUUAUUGUUAACUAGCUCAAGCAUCUUUUCACUUAUCGUGAAUAGUUUUCAACUUGGUUUAUGUAGGUGAAUAACUUCGUCGUAACAACUUAUUUAUCGAAAUUGGUAGUUCUUUAUUCUUUUUAAAUUUGUAGUUGCAUUUUGUCAUUUCUAAGUCUCAGCAGGUACUUUUUAUAUUGGCCAAGAUAGAUCAAAUUUUCAAAUGACUGUUCUCUACUUGCUACAUUUCUAGUUUCUCUCUUAUUGUUCAUUUUUCUUGCUGUCGUGUUGCAUGUUUUAAAGGACACCUUAUUGGUGCUCUCAUUGAACUGUUGCCUUAUUUUUUCAAUAUUCUUUAUCCUAUUUAGUAAAUUGCUUCUGUCAUGCUGAGUCCUCUUGUUUCAUGAACCAUACCAGUGCAUAAAAAAGAAACUGUUGAGAAUAUUAUAGUAAUGUAAUAAAGUUUUUUUAUAUCGAAUCUUUCCCACUGGCAUAUUAGCUAAUAAUAUUUCAUUUAUAGCUGUACAUUCAUGCAUUGCAUGAAUAGGAAACUGGUGAAAUCAUUACACUAAGAUAAUACAUUUUUUAUAUCAAGUCAUUACGACAAGCAUAUUAGCUAAUAAGAUUUGAUUUAUGUACAGCUGUACAUUUAUGCAUUUACCUUUUAUGUACUUCAUGUCUGUAUCUAUCUGGCCAAUUUUGUGAUUUGAUAUCUGACCUACUAAAUGGUUACCUUAAAUCCAAUGCACUAAUGUUGCUAAUUGAUUUAGGAGUAAUGAUAUUUGUACAACCAUUUUGUUACAACUUUUAGGCCAACCUUCUUUUCCUCGCUUCUCAUAGGUCAAAAACAAUAGAGAGUAAAAACACAAUCUGAGUAUGAGAGAAAUUUGUCCAAAAGUUGUCACAAAAUGGUUGUUCAAAUAUCAUUUGUCUUGAUUUAAUGUGAUCUCAUCUCUUUGUUCAUCUUUGUAAUGUUGUCUGGUUCCAUGUUAUGAUCCUCUCUGAUAUGUCUCUGGGGUGUCGCAUGUCUGAAAAGAAAUUAAGACUUGCAGUGUGGAAGGACAUAAUGCUGAUGUGCUAGGAUUACAAUUUUUUUUUAACUAGGAAAUUCAGUAUAGUAAGUAAUAUAUUUUAUUUUGACGUAAGCAUGCUCUUGUUCGGUAAUUUCCGAGUGAUAUUGCAAAUGCUACACGGACCUGCAAUGGAUUAAAACUUGUUCAAAGUAGUUAUUGUCAAAUGGCGCGGUUUGUAAGUUGUAAGUGCUUGUUGAUUUUGAUUCUAGUAAAAAACUUGCCUAAUAUAUUUAACCUGUGUUUUCCACAGGACAAUUACGUCCUUCAUUUUUUAUGGGCGAGAAUCUUGAUGAUGCAACUUUUAAUAACGGAUAAGAAUGACCCCACAAUUCCAGCAGUGCAACAGGUAACAAUAUUUGAUCGCUGAUAUAUAAACUGAGUAUUGCAAUCAAGUAUUCUUGUUUAAAAUUUUUCCAUUUUGGUUCUUGGUCUUGUGGUCUUAUCAUUUUUAUUGCUAGGGUUUAAUGCUGGAUGGUAUAAAAGAGAUGACUGAUAUCCUAUUCUAGUUGUCAAAUAUGUAUAUGUAUAUCCUUAAAAAAAAUGUGUAUAUGUAAAUGACGCAAAUGUUAAGCAUUCAAAAGGUUUUCAACAUGGCAGUCAAAUCGGGAUACGUAUCGUGUAUCGUUCGACCAUCUUUUUGAAUCGUGUAUCGUAUCGUGUAUCGUAAGUUACAUGAACAAAAAAAAUAUGACUUAAAGUAUCAUAUAUAAACUCCAAAAUACUUCAAAUAUCAUAUAUAAACUUCAAGAUACUUCAAAACUCAAGUCAUAAACAAAAGUAAAUAACAUAAAACAUCCUUAAUUCAAUCAAAAUCAAACAUAUAGAGUGUGUAGUGUAGAGAAACAGCGUGUAUAUGUGUUGGAAGCCGUAAAGGAAGAGAAGGUGAGUGGCUUUGGGGAAUAGCUCCAAAUUAAUUGGUAGGCUACAAAACAAAACUCUUGAAUACAAAAUGGUUCACUUGCAAUAUCUGAUGGGUCACAUAAACCCGAUCCAAGAAAACCAGGUAAAUUUGGGGUUUUCUGAUGGGUCAUGCAAAACCUGACCCGGCUCCAGAACUGAUACAUAAAAAAACGGAAUUUUUUUUUUGGAAUUUUUGCCGGGUCGUGCAACCCACCUGGUUUUUGCAACUGAGACGCAAGUGUCAAAGUAUCGGAUAAUACUAGAUUGAAUCGGGAUACAUGGGAUACAAUGUCAUUUGGGAUACAGACCCUGAUACGUAUCGCCCAUGGCUGUUUUCAUAUCGUAUCAGGAUACGUAUCAUGGGAUACUAACUACACUGGUUUUCAAUAUGAUGCUUUAAAUGUCAUAGGAUUUUAGCAUUUUUGUAAUUUAUUUAGUUCCUUCUAUAUUUGGGCUAAUUAGAUUUAUGAAAAUUUUGGAAGUAAUUAUAACAUUUCCAUUCAUGUAUGUUAGUUAAAUUCUGUAAUGGAAGUACGCAUAUUUUUAUAAGCACUAAUGUUGUCUGAUCUGUGUUUUUCUGUAUAUUAUCAUCUGAUAUUUUUCUUUUAGAUGAAAUUCCCCUGGAGGUUGUGUUCUUCGUUAAGGAAUUAGCAAAAGUUCAAAAGCUAUACUAUUUUCCAGAGUGAUCCAGCUUUAGGCUCUACUGCUUCUCCAUGGCUCUGCAGAACAAUAUGUUACAAGACAACAUGGGAUAUUUUCCAACACUAAAAACAAGUGUAAUUUAAUUUACUUUUACAAUUGAAUAAAAUAGAAUAGCUGCCCUUCAGAAGUAGGUUGUUGAUAGUGGUGCUAUAGCGAGCAAUAGCGGAAAGUGUAGGGGAGCCAAUGGCCGCUGCGAGGCUCCUUCCACAGUCGUGGUUGUUGUUGCCGCAAAUGGUGCAAAACCGUAUUCGGUUCGCCCAAACCUGAUAUUGCGUCCGCUUUUAGGAUUUCAGGGCCAAAAUUUUAAGUGAGCAGUACUUUACUAUAUCAAUUCCCACAUUUCCUUUCAUCUUAUUGUCAUUUCCUCAUUUGUGUGCUCUGCUGCGUCAUCCAUCUUCAUCGUUUUGUUCUGCUUCUCUGUUCGUGUUCUGUUAUGAUUGUUUUGAAUUUAUGUUCUUCGUACUGUUCUUUUCCUGUUGCUCUGCUUUGUUCUGCGUUGUGUUAAGUUGUGCUCCUUCAUUACUUUUAGAACUUGAUUUUGCUGGAAUGUCAUUUUGAUUACAUUUAGAACUUGAUUCUGAUAGGAAAUGACAAAGUUGAUUAUAAUUUACUAUCAAGUGCAACAAUCUCUUCAAUUGUGUUUUUUCUUUCUUUCUUUCUAUUUUUGAGUAUUUAUGUUAAUGUUGUACACUGAUUUUCAGUCUUUGCAACAGCAGCUAUCCCACUAUCUGCUCCGCUAUACCAUUUUGGGAUAAGUCUGUAAUGGAAAGGCCUUGAUUCCUAGGAGCAAUGAAUGUCUGGCCUUCUCAGCAUGUAACUGAUUACUCAGUUGGAGAUUCCUGAUUACUUACUUUUUUGUGCAAGUAUUGCUAGGUGAAUGGAUUGGUGAUUUUCGCAUCUUGGAACAAAAAUAACUUGCUUCAACUUAGGUUUCCCAAAUCCAUAUAAUUACUUUCUAAUUCCUUACUGUAUAUAUCUAAUUCUAGUGACCGUUAGUGCUUGUUUAUUUUAGUGAGUUACAUUUCACUUUCAACCAAAAUUUAUUCUUUAUACUUGGUCAUGGCUGGCAUAAGAAUAAAGCUAGCUACUAGCUAUUAUGUUCACACCUAUUUGUAUUAUAUUACUAUAUGGGGAAAUGAUAACAAGUGUCCUUGAAAGCAUUUUUUAAGUAAUCGAAAGUAGUAAUUUUUGCAAA